AUGGCAUGUAACAGUGGGUCCCCUUUCAAGCACAAUGUCUAUAUAAGUGGUCCAAAAUACCCCGAUGGCUCUGGUAGUCGUGUACUUAGUGAGGUCAACUCCAGCCAAGCACGAGAAUAUUACCACGCGUACUAUUUCUCCUACAUUGAGAACGAGAACGACAACAAGCCUUUUGAAAAAACCAAGUUACAACAUCCUGGCAAGAUGUUCGGAGUGUACAUUGGCAGGCUAAAGUUUAUGGCGCAGGCUCUGGACAAAGCCGGAAUCAAUAACGUACUUUGGGGUGAUGCUGUCAAGAGUCUCCUUAUACAUCCAGAAAUUCCGAAGAGAAUUGAUUACAUCGUUUCCGAUGGCAUGACCGGGAAAGCAUGUCAGGCCCUUCUAGCUGACGGGCUUGAGGCAUGCAAGCGUGGGGAACAGUGUAUGGUGAAGCAGCCAUGGAAUGGACCGGUGGCUGCAGCGCAUGCUCACCUGUGCAGCAGCGGAAUAGGUGAAAUCGAUUUACCUGUGGUAUUCUGGGACAAAUCGUCACUUCUCUUUGCCUUCCCCGACUUACCGUCGUCUCCUCUCUCAUCGGAUGAUCCGUACUACAUGCCGAUUCGGAUCCCCAGGACCCACUACGAUCCUACGGCAAGGUGUCCUCCCUUAGAUUUGGUUCCUGCAAGGAUGAUCAGGCCGGUCAAAACAGUUGAGGCCCUGAUAUGGCUGAUGUGUCGGGAUCGGACUCCCAAUGGGCAAUUGGAACGGGGGUGGGAGGAUGAAUGGGUGAAAGCCUUAGAAUUCUGGUUGCAGGAAGCCACAAGGCUUGCUGAGAAGGGGCUUUUUGCCCUGGAUGAACUGCGACCUGACUUUGCACCUCUUUGGUACUUUUUCUGCAAUGGUGAAGUGUCGCGGACCAGCAAGCAGUAUCGUGCAUGCUACCUGAGACUUCAAGAGAAGCUUCGUGCAGAAAAUGCUCUUCCGCUCACACCGCAAAUGAGGAACGAAAAGAGUCAAGCGGUGCAUCUAAAAUGGAGCAUGAAGAAGGUGUAA